UUCCAUACAUCACGAAAGCCUACAUUUCUUUUUCGCGCCCCAUUCCUCACACCCCCGUUCUUUUUGUUUUUGAGGUGGAGCCUGAUACCCCGAUUCUUCAGUGGACUGUCGUCAAGACAGACCUGCACGGGUUGCAUGAUUGAGGGCAAUAGUCAGUCGCAUAGAUCAAUACAUUAUACCAAAUACGAAAGCCGAUUGAUUGCCUAUAGCGGAAAUAAUAUAUUAAGAACGCAUUCGAUUAUUAAAUCCUUGGAAAUCGGGCACCUUGAGGACGUGGAAUGAUGAAUUAUAUCAUUUUGGCGACCGUUUUUUCCAUGGUUUUCGCCGAAAAGUCCCCUCGGCUGAAAUUCAUUGUAAAAGAGCCGGCCAGGUACCACUUCUCGACACCGGAGAAUUACAUGUCAGUGUACCACCAGGAGGGCACCAACGUGCUGUACGUGGGGGGCCAGACAGUGAUCUACGUGCUGACGUUCACUGACAGGGGGGUCCGCGACCUGAAGAUCCCUGUGGUAACUGAUGAAAAUGCAAAGGCAGCUUGCAUUGCCAAAUCAGACCCACCAAAGUUGGAGUGCGACAAUUUCAUCACAGUCAUUCAGAAAGUCAAUGACACUUUUGUGGUGUGCGGGACAAAUGCAGGAACCCCCAAAUGCUGGCUGCUGGUAAAUGACACUGUGCUGACUGACGCCCCCACCAAUGGACAGAUGGCACCAGCCUCUGACAUCUCCCCACCCUACCCCUCCCAGAGGUCCGUCAGUCUGUCUGCAGAUGGGAAUCUAUACUCUGCUCUUUCAGCAGUGGGGCGUCACCCUGGCUCUAUCCGCCGGACCUAUGGUACUCAGAAGCUCCUGAAGACUGAGAACAAGUGGCUGCAGAGUCCCCAGUUUGGUGGAGCAGCAGUAAUGCCAACCUCUCAGAAACACAAGGAGGAGAUCUACUUCUUCUUCAGUGAGUUCAACAAGACGGCCAUGGUGGACGAGGAACCCUACAGGUCGCGCAUCGGCCGAAUCUGCAUGGUGGACGAGGGGGGCAUAAAGAACCUGCUGGCGGACUCGUGGACUACCUUCCUGAAGGCCAGGGUGAUGUGUGGUGCGGGUAGCACCCCCCAGCAGUACAACAACAUCAGACAGGCGUUUGUGCUGUCUGACGUGGCCCACGAGAAGAGGACCGGGGUCAUGUACGGCCUGUUUGCCAACGCCUGGGACACGACAGUGAUAUGUGCUUACUCCAUCGAGGACAUUGACCAGGCCUUCGCCACGUCCAAACUGAAGGGCUACAGCAGUCCUCUGAUUGGACAUCGCCCUGGCACAUGUGCCUUCAAGAACUCCACGGCAGCCCACAACCCUAAGACCCUGGGGGUGAUCAGGGACCACCCGGAGAUCGAGGACGUGAUUCGUCCGGUCGGGGGGGCUCCGCUGAACCUGCCUACCGACGAUCACUUCACACACACUGUCGCUGCCAUGGUGCUGGCGGUCAACGACGAACACUACAGUGUGCUGUACCUGGGAACAGAACAGGGGAAAGUGCUCAAGGUUCUGCACACUAUCGAGGAUGCCUUUAUCAUAUCCCAGUACUCCCUCUUCCACAACGAGGGUCCUGUUCUAAGCAUGGCCAUUGACUCUAAGAAGGGCCACCUUUAUGUGGGCACGGCAAUGGAGGUCCAGCGCAUACCAUUGGCUGACUGCGGUCGCUAUGGAGACAGUUGCCGGGAGUGCAUUCUGUCUCGGGAUCCGUAUUGUGGUUGGGACGCAGCCAGGAGGAGGUGCACACCCAUCCCAGCUGGAUACAACAUCAGCACUGGGGCACUCACUCAGAGUCUGGACCAUUCCAAUGCCUCUAUCUGUGGUGAAGCUGCUGCACUGAAGACCCACAGGACAAACCCCAAACAGGUGUUGAUUGACUCGGAUGGCCCCGUCAACCUCCCCUGCCCCGUGCGCUCCUUUCACGCCACCUACCGCUGGGAGAAGGACAACUGUAUCAAGCACUACCCCUGCUUCAUCACUGGAGACUCCUGUGUGCUGGCACCCACCCCUGACCUGCCCCUUAAGCAGGGGGUGUUCCGCUGCAUGGCCACGGAGAACGGCUACAAGGUGGAGGUGGUCUCCUACAGGCUGGUGAUCAACAGUGGGCCUCUGCCUGCCUCCCUGGCCUCCACCCUGGGGCCCUCCCUCCUGCUUGCUGCAGCCACCCUCUGGCUCCUGUAACCAUUGCAAAUGCUAAAGCUAACCCCUUAGCCUCAAAGGCCCUCUCUCUGACAGACAGGAGAGGAGGGGCCACCAUACCCAGGUUAGGUUCGCAGAGCAUUGAUAUUAAUGGUUGGGUAAUGCGAUCAGUGUUGCCCACAGAGACUGUUUUCAUAAAAAGUGUUUUAUUUAAUUUAAUUUACAUUGUUCAGAAAAUGCCUGAAAAUAAAUGAAGCCAUUUAUUUUUUAAUGAUAUAUGGGCCUACAAUACUAACUAAUACUGAACUGUUUAAACAAAAACAAUACCUAUAACAAAUUUAAAAUACCUAACAUUUAAACUUCAUUCAUAUAUUAACAUCAAUAUGGGUUGUAUAGAAAGACAAACUAUAUUAUCAUGUCUUAUUCUGAAUUUUAAAUACAGAUUCAAACCACAAGAUGUGCUUUGCGAACCUUGCCUGUUCCACCAAGAGAUGACAUCUCAUGAGUUGGGUUAAAUACAAUACCAGGCCAAUUUCUCUUUAUGGUUUCUCAACUUAUUUUGAAACAUGAUUGUGCUACUUUGUGAAUAUUUGAAGCUUGAAUACUGCUCUAACAUCCAGACAUCCUGUUAAAAGUCAUAAGUAUAGUCUAGUAUUUAGAAAAUGUCUGGUAUUGAGUGUUUAAAAAAGCCUUAACAAUUCUGGGACAUACCCCCUAAGCACAAUUUGUAGUGGAAGCAAAAUUGCUCAAUUGGGUUGACUUGGCUCUGUGAAUGAGGUGGCCAAGCCUUACUUUGAUGCUGGGAGGAAGUGUCAUAAUUUUGACAAGAAGUAAUCUUUUUGACAGGAAGUAGAUAGAAGAGUGUGAGCUCAUCCUCGAACAUCACUGUGUCUGGGCAAGUCCUCUGCAGUAAAGGCAGUUUUUGCAUCGUUUUAUUUGAUAGUAUCAGACAUUCAUAUUAAACUACUUCAUUUUCAAUAAACAUACAGUAAGUACAGUAAACAUCAUUCAGUGGCAGGUGAGGCCAAAUUAGAAAUGAGUAGAUGACAUGUAGAGUUGCAUUUUGUAGCUUGCUGUACAAGAAAACGUUUGUGAUUAUAUGAGUACCGUGUGUUAAGUAUUUUAUUGCUCCGCAAAUGCUGAUUUCCACCAUUGCUGCCUAUGUAUAUGAAAGUUAUUCUUGAUGGUUCAAGGUUUUAUACUGUACGGAAGUCCAGAGAGGACAUAUUAAUAAAAAAAAUAUGUCCUCGUUAUAUCGAGAUCACAACUUCUUUAUCUCAUGAUCACGACAUAACAAAAGUUGUUUAGUCAAGAUCACGAGACUGUUCUCAUGGUCGCGACAUAACAAAAGUUGUUUUGUCGAGAUCACGAGAUUAACUCUAUAAAUAGGAGUAGACGCAUUGAUGAUAGAUUGACAGUAUGGCUGAGGCAGUAAAGCCCACGGUGGAUCAGCGCAUAUGUUUUUAUUGAUUGCUACGCUAAGGGAUGGUACAUUUCAUGCUAACAUCAUCCUUUCAUUUGUGUUUGUCGCUCAUUGUCAGUUUAUAAAUUAGAAUGUUAGCAAGCUAAAUGUCCCUUACCUUGAGCUAAGAGCUCUUGGGGCAUCUAAGCCUUUGUGGGGCAUUUGAGCCCUGAAAGAUGCCUGACAGGCAAACCUGUAUCCCAGGCUGAAUGCCACCCCCAAGACCACAGCCAAUCGCAUGCAAGCAACAAUGCAGCUAACUUGGCUAGUCUUGUGAGUGCGCAAGCUAGCUAGCUAGUUAGCUAGGUAGUCUUGUUAGCUAGCUAGCUUGUAUAUAUGCUGGUUGUUAGCUUGCAUAACUGAUAUGUGUAUAAUUGUAAGGGGCACCUCAUGUUUUAUGGAUACUAUUAAAAUGUACAGAGUGGGUGAGCUCAAUUCCUGACAGGCUGAUAAGAUUACAUUUUAUCCUCAGAGCUUGAUCAGAUUCAAUAGCAGUCUCAGAGGCUGAUAAAUAAGGAUUCCACCUUGUAGGUUGUUUCAUAGGUAACUCUCCUUGCAGGCAGAUUAGCAGUCUGUGCAUUAUGUAUAUGAUCAAGAAAUGGGUGCGCUCUAUUGCUUAAAGGCUCCUGACAUCAGCCUCUGAGGCUGCUAUUGAAUCUGAUCAGCCUGUCAGGAAUAGAGCUCACCCCCUGGAUGAGAUAUGCAUCUGCCUAUAAAGCACUUUGACAGCUAAUCUGCCUGCAAGGAGCCUUACCUAUAAAACAACCUACAAGGCAGCAUCCUGACUUAUCAGCCUCUGAGGCUGAAAUUGAAUCUGAUCAGCCUGUCAGAAAUGGAGCUCAAAUACUGUGAAUGGUGUCACUUAUAAUUUAUACACAUAUCAGUUAUGCAAGCUAACCACCAGCAUAGAUAACAAGCUAGCUAGCUUGCUAGCUAGAUAGCUAACAAGACUACCUAGCUAACUAGAUAGCUCACAAGACUAGCCUGGUUAGCUGCGUUGUUCCUUGCAUGCGAUUUACUGUGGUCUUGGGGGCGGCGGACAGCCUGGGAGACUGUGCUGCCUGUCAGGCAUUGUUCAGGGCUUAAAUAGCCCGCAUUGCAUCAACACAACCACAGAGCUCCAUGAUUAAGUGGUUAUCAUGCAUCUGAACAAAUUAAUGGAUGAUUACAUUUUUUAAAACAUUUUAGUCAUUUAGCAGACGCUCUUAUCCAGAGCGACUUACAGUUUUUUAGUGAGUGCAUACAUUUUCAUACUGCGUGAUGCGUGGUACUUCUGAUUAUCUUGUGAUCUCGACAAAACAACUUUUGUUAUGAGAUAAAUAUGUCUUGGAUCUCGACAUAACGAGGGAACUAUUUUUUUUUAAUUAAUAUGUCCUGUCUGGACUUCUGUAAUACUGUGGUUAUACAAUGACGUUACUCAUUGACUGCUUUAACUAACCUAUUCCCAAGGGGAAAAUCCAGUGCAUAAUACUCAAAGGGGUUAUUUUCAUACUUGUAUCUGUAUGCUGUGACAAAAGGCAUGACAUAAUUUGAUAGGAUCCUUUUGUGAAGUAGAACACUUUGAGCAGCCACCAUACUCUGGGGAGAAAGACUGAAAUUAAUGAUUGACAUUUUUUGAAGAUAUGGAACAACAUUCCUCUUUAAGCAAUAUACGUUUUAUUUUAUUUUAGCACCUGACCUCAAAUAAUAAUAGUAUGUGCUUUAUUGGAGGCAGAGAAUGUUUGCUUGGAGGGAGUGGUUUACUCAAAGCAAAUGUUGAAUGUAACAUAGUAAUAUGAAUGUAGUUGCAACAAAAUGGAAGUCUAUUGUCCCCAUUUAUUGAUUGUAGUAUCGCAGUGCUAAAGUACCACCUUACAACCACUACUGGGUUUUGAACUGUGCCACUGGGUUUAGCAAUUGAAUUAGCCCUUGUGGAAAAUGUUGAAAUGGCAACAAACCACUCUCGCCUGUAAAUAUUGGUAGAAAACAGGCUAUAUAAUGUUGUUCUUCGAACGGUUUUAGCCAUAAUUCUAUAGGUUCCAUCUUUCUCUCUGGGGGUGGCUGUAAGUUUGUCUCGAGGUCUCAGGAGGAUCUGCUUGCUGCAUUGCACUGAUGCGGUCUAUUUACUGUGCCAAACGCUGUGUGGAGCCGCCUCAUCCGCUGCCUGCCGCUUCUCAAUCACAUAGCACUUUGAGUAAUUGGUUUCCCAAAUCUCUUUCUCAAACUCACACACAUUCUUAUAUAUGUCACAUAUACACACAGGCAUGUAGGUGCGCGCUCACACACACAACUCUUGUUUACCAAUCACUCACUUCAAUCUCAUUCCCUUUACUCCAGUAUUUACUGUUGCUUAUCUGUUUCAUUGUAUUUUGAGCAUGAAGCUUGUGUGUCUCUGAAAACAGUGAACAGAAGCCACUCAUACACUAGCCAACACUAAUUAGGCAACUGAACCUGUCUCGCUCACUGCAGAGAAAAGCUCUUUUACCAAGACAGCUGGCCUACUGUCAGUGGGUAUUGUUAAAAACGGUCAAUGAAUCGUGCCUGUGCAAAGUUGAUUGUAUUUGGCCUUUCAUGGAUUUCCAAGGGGCAGCACUGAUAUGGGAGCUUGUGUCUUUUCUCUGGAGCACUUUAUUUAAUGACCACCUUCAUAGCCAGGAGUCCCUGCUUUGACGUGGACAUAAACAGUGGAUAUAUCGCAUGCUGGUGAUUAUCAUUAUCCUUUAUUAAAUAGGUAACAGUAUGCUCAUUCUACAUUACUCAGUGUGGCCACUUCAAGGCAGAUCUCCUCCAGAGCACGAGAAAGAUUUAAACCAUUUUGUUGUGUUUUAUUGGAAAUCAGCUUACCAAACUCGAUUGAAGAGGAGAUUGUACUGGUAUCAUGCUCAUUAAUGCCUCACCAUAACAUGUAUUUUUUUAAAGGACAGAUGUCUGUCUAUAUGAAGUGGUAAUACAUGUCCAUGUAACAAAUCUGUAACUCCAUAUGUUUCCCUUUACUGAACAUGUGCAGUGAAAAUCAAUAAAGUAAUCAACUACA